CGCCCUCGGCGUCAGGACCGACGCCCCGCCUCCUCGCCACGGUUCCGGCAGUUGGUAUGGUCCGUGACGGUAUGGCUGCUGCACUUCGGCCUUCCUGUGGAGUUCUCCUGCAGGCCCUGCAGUUUUCGGCGUAUCCCGGGGCGGGAGGCUCCGGCUCUGCCUGCUACCGCUGCCCUCUCGGAGCUAAAAGAUACCUACUUACAGAUAACAUUGUGAAACUAAAAGAAUUUCAGCAUAAGAAAGUGGCUGUUGCAUGUAAUCUUCCUGGCACUAAAGAAACCUAUUUUAGAAACUUGGAAGAGAAACUCAUCCAGAACAAGCUCAUCUUGAAGGGGGAGUUGAUAACCUUACUUCAUUUGUGUGAGUCCCGGGACCAUGUGGAGCUGGCUAAAAAUGUCAUUUACAGGUACCAUGCAGAGAACAGAAAUAUCACUGUGGGGGAGUAUAAGUUCGGACCACUUUUCAUGAGGCUGUGUUACGAGUUGGAUCUUGAGGAAUCUGCAGUGGAGCUCAUGAAAGACCAGCAUUUGCAAGGUUUCUUCUCAGACUCCACAUCAUUCAACAUUUUGAUGGAUAUGUUAUUUAUCAAAGGCAAAUAUGAAAGUGCUUUGGAAGUAUUGCUAGAGAUGAAAAACCAAGAUGUGAAGUUCACCAUAGAUACCUAUGUUCUUGCUUUUGCAAUUUGCUACAAACUGAAUAGCCCUGAGUCUUUUAAAAUCUGUACUAUAUUAAGAGAAGAAGCCCUACUCAAAGGAGAAAUUCUCUCCAGGAGAGCAUCCUGUUUCGCUGUGGCAUUAGCUCUGAAUCAGAAUGAGGUGGCAAAAGCCAUGUCCAUUUUUUCUCAAAUCAUGAAUCCAGAAAGCAUAACCUGCACUAAUUUAAAUAUUAUACUCCAUAUCCAGUUAAAUAUGUUGGAAAACGUGAUAGAGAUACUAAAAAAUGCUACAGAAGGAAAUUUAUCAAAAUAUGUGAAGAGACAGGUGUUCUCAGAGGAAGUGCUGGCCAAAGUGAGGGAAAAAGUGAAGGAUGUGCCUGCCCUUGUGGCCAAAUUUGAUGAGCUCUAUGGGAAACUGCACGUCAGUGGCCAAGUCACCACUUAUUCUUUGGAUGCUGUGCUCUGCCACAUCCCCGGGGGCAGGAAGUCCCACAUGUUUCUAUUAAACAAGAGGAUGGUCAGCCGUCGCACCUUCCAGCCACUCGGCCAGUCCCUGUUGGCUGAGUAACCCUGGUUUCAGUCCAUCUAUGGAUCUGAAGGGCCUGCUUCUAGUGAAUUAUUGCCUUUCCUAAGAAGCCAGUCAUUGCACUUCAACAGACACUGUGCUGACACUUGGUCUCCUCCUGAAAUUCCCAAGUUCACUGAAUGGUGGCAUGCCAAUCUCUGAGAAGUUAUGUUGCACCACUGUGAAGGUCUAGAUGCAAGCUUAGCUCCCUCAGAAAGGCUCUUCCCUUGUGCACUGCUGAGGAUUCUUGAAGGAACAUGGUCAGUCUCUAGUCCAGCUUCUGGCACCAGAGUGGAACCCAGUAAGCACCAUCAGGAAUUAAUUUCACUACAAGUGUGGUCAACUCUGAUUUUCAAGGGAGUAGUUACUUGCAAAUUACAUCCUUGCUGAAUUCUGCCAUGUUAGAAAACAGCCCAGGACUUUCUCAUUUCUGCCAUCAUAUAUGUCUAUGACUUGAGCCCUCAUUUUUCCAUCUGCAAAACAAUAAUGCCUAUGUGUAUUUGCAUACAGAUUUGAAAUCUUCAAGUUUCAGUAGGAUCCGAUGUUCUCAAAAAUAAAUAAGGUUCAAAGGAAACUUGAUGGGAUUGUGGUGGGUCUGUCUUCUCAGCAGCACAAACAAAACCAGAAUUUAGCCUUUAGAACUGCUAAGUAAGCUAAAUUUAAAUGAUUACUGUUUUGAUCAUGGGCAAGCCAUGUGCUUUUCAAAAUAAAUACCACUAAAAGCCACAUAAUGCUCAGGUUACUAUGUGGAUAAUAAAUAGUCCUACAGUUUAUCUUAUAUGUUAAUGAUUUUUUUCUCUUGAAUGCGAUAUUUUAAAAAAUAUAGCAUGAGAGCAGUUCAAAGCUGCUUCAUACUUAUGAUGGUCUGAAAUAUAGUAUGUGCUGAAUUUUACCUUCUGGUCACCAGUGAGCAGAAAAUACACGGUGACCGCACCUCACUUGCUCCUUGUGUUUCAGAAAGCCCAGAGGGUUGCUCAGACCUCAGCAGCUCUUUGCCAGGAUUGCUGCAGACUCUUCAUUGCCACCUCCAAAACUAAGACUGUUCACUUGGUGGUUGUUCUGAGGCAAGGAUUAUAGAGUCAGAAAUUGUAGACUAGGAGGAGUCUUCUGAGUCUCCUAAUUACUGCUUUCAUCUUUCAGGUUAAGGAAAUGAUCCAUUCAAGACAGCCCCAAUAUCACCUGUAGACUGUGUCUCAAAGAGUCUUUGCCAAAUCCAGGUCUGAGAUCACAAUUCCACCUGAAGACAGGAUCCAGAGAUGAGAGUCACCAAUUGGCAUAAUUGAUUUGUGGUGGAGCUGAGAUAGAAUCCAGAUUCCUAAUCUAGUAUCCUUCCCACUGUACCACAUUAUGCCUUUUCAGAAGGGAAAAAGGAGCAUCUCCUAAGAAAUAGAAUACUAAGGGCUCCCAUGACUUACUGUGUGGCCCUGGGCGUCCUCAGCUUCUUCAUUUGGUAAAUGGGAAUAAUAGUACCUACCUCUUAGGCUUGGUGUGAGGAUGAAAUGAGGUAGGGAAUGUAGAGCAUGCAAAUAGUGGCUGGCACAUAGUACAUGCAGUAUGUGUGCAACUAGUUAAGGAAUUAUAAAAACAAAUGAGUUCUUCCCGCUCAAAAAUAUUGAAAGAAUUUCUUUUCCUUGUGCUCUGUGAAACACUGGACAGCCCCAUUUAGAGAAACGAAUUCUAUGCCCUCAUAGAA